UUUUCGGCAAAAUUAAAAUUUCUGGUAUUUGAGAAGGUUAGAAAAAGACAAAAAAUAAUAAAUAAAUAAAUAAAUGCCCACCUCAUCCGCCCUCUUUCAUCCUCUCGAGACUCCGUCUGAAACUUUUCUGUAAGCACUUUGCAUGGCAGCCCCACCUCUUCAAAUAAGCCCCUUUUCUCACCCCAAAACCAAAACCAAUACAAACACUCCCCUCUCUCUCAUACCCAAGUGCAGAUCUCUCUCGGAGCUCAAGCAAAUCCAAGCCUUCACCGUCAAAACUCAUCUCCAAUAUGACAUCUCUGUCCUCACAAAGCUCAUCAACUUCUGCAUACUCAAUUUUAACUCCGCCUCCAUGGACUAUGCCCACCAACUGUUCGACCAAAUUCCUCAACCCGACAUUAUCGUCUUCAACACUUUGGCCCGAGGCUACGCGCGCUCUGAUACCCCACUUAGAGCGAUUUCGCUCUUCGCUCAAAUUCUAUGUUCUGGACUUCUCCCGGAUGACUACACAUUUCCAUCCCUCCUCAAGGCUUGCGCUAGUGCCAAAGCCAUGGAAGAAGGUAAACAAUUGCAUUGCCUUGCCAUCAAACACGGCCUUAGCCUGAAUGUUUAUGUAUGUCCAACCCUCAUCAACUUAUAUAGUGAAUGCAAUAAUGUCCAUUCGGCGCGUCGAAUUUUUGAUAAGAUUCAGGAACCUUGUAUUGUCAUGUAUAAUGCCAUCAUUACUGGGUACGCUCGAAGCAGCCAACCAAAUGAGGCAUUGGCUUUAUUUCGAGAAUUGCAGACGAGUGAUGUUAAGCCCACUGAUGUUACUAUGCUUAGCGCUCUUUCGUCGUGUGCUUUGCUAGGAGCAUUAGACUUGGGUAGAUGGAUACAUGAAUAUGUUAAGAAGAAUGGGUUUGAUAAAUAUGUGAAGGUGAACACAGCGCUUGUGGAUAUGUAUUCCAAGUGUGGAAGUCUGGACGAUGCAGUUUGUGUGUUUGAGAAUAUGCCUGUGAGAGAUACCCAGGCCUGGUCGGCUAUGAUUGUGGGAUAUGCUACUCAUGGGCAUGGUUCAAGGGCCAUUUCUUUGUUUGAAGAAAUGAAGAGGGCAAGAGUUAAACCUGAUGAGAUUACAUUUCUGGGUCUGUUAUAUGCUUGCAGUCAUGCUGGAUUUGUGGAGGAAGGUUUUAGAUAUUUCUCUGGCAUGAUUGACAGAUAUAAAAUUGUUCCUGGGAUCAAGCAUUAUGGAUGUAUGGUGGAUUUGCUAGGCCGGUCUGGACGCUUAAGGGAUGCCUACAAGUUCAUAGAUGAGUUGCCAGUUAAGGCAACACCAAUACUCUGGCGAAUCUUGUUAUCGGCUUGUAACAGCCAUGGAAAUGUAGAACUGGGAAAACAGGUGAUGGAACGGAUAUUGGAAUUAGAUGACUCUCAUGGUGGGGACUAUGUGAUCUUAUCAAACUUAUGUGCUAGAGCUGGGAGAUGGAAAGAUGUGGAUUUCUUAAGGAAAUUGAUGAAAGAUAAAGGAGUGGUAAAGAUUCCUGGAUGUAGCUCCAUAGAAGUGAACAAUGUAGUUCAUGAGUUCUUUUCAGGGGAUGGGGCAUCUUCUGUUUCACCAGCGUUGCAUCAGGCAUUGGAUAAGUUGGCUGAGAAGUUAAAACUUGCUGGGUAUGUACCUGACAUUUCUGUAGUUUCUCAUGCUGAUAUGGAAGAUGAUGACAAAGAACUUACUCUUAGAUAUCAUAGUGAGAAAUUGGCCAUUGCUUUUGGGCUCCUGAAAACUCCCGCUGGAAGAACAAUCCGGGUAGUGAAGAAUCUUCGGGUAUGUGGAGACUGCCAUUCUGCUACUAAAUUUAUAUCAUUGAUCUCUGGCAGACAGAUAAUUCUUAGAGAUGUUCAACGAUUCCAUCAUUUUAAAGAGGGAAAGUGCUCUUGUGGGGAUUAUUGGUAAUCAACGUUUACGAACAACGUAUGAUUUAUAUUGCACAAGUGUACAUCCCUUCACCUCAUUUCGUAUAAGAAAAUGCUGCCAUGCAAUGUGUGAAUGCUGUCAAAAAUUGAUAUUUUUUUGAGGGCUACUACUAUGCGCAUAUGUAUGGAUACACAUGAAUCUCGACCAUUAAAAAGCAAAUGGGUUUGGACUUUGAACAGGUUUCA